GUGUUAAUAUAACGGCGUUGUAGUUUUCUUCUUUUUGUUUUUUUUUUUUAGACUUUUCUCCGGGUGAUUAUGGACACAGCUUGUCUGUGUUUGUUGUCCGUGUUUUUGGCUUUCUCGCAGAUGUUAGUGGCGCUAGCUGCCUUCUCUCAGUCUCUGGACAGUGACUUCACUUUCACUCUGCCCGCAGGACGGAAAGAGUGCUUCUACCAGACAAUGAAGAACGAUGCCUCCAUGGAGAUUGAGUAUCAGGUUUUGGAUGGUGCAGGUUUAGAUGUGGAUUUCUACAUCACCUCUCCUUCUGGGCAAAUACUGUUCAGUGAUUACCGCAAGUCCGAUGGAAUACACACUGUUGAAACCGAAGAUGGUGACUACAUGUUCUGCUUUGACAACACAUUCAGCACUGUUUCAGAGAAGAUCAUCUUCUUUGAGUUAAUCUUGGACAACAUGGAUACAGAUGAAAGCCCAGAAGACUGGAAAGAGUAUGUCCAUGGAACAGAUAUGUUGGACAUGAAGCUCGAAGACAUCAUGGACACCAUCAACAAUGUGAAGGCUCGGCUGGGCAAAAGCUUGCAGAUCCAAACGGUGCUGCGGGCGUUUGAGGCUCGUGACCGGAACCUUCAGGAGAGUAACUUUGAAAGGGUGAACUUUUGGUCUUUAGUCAAUAUUGUCGUUCUGGUGCUGGUGUCAGUGAUUCAGGUCUAUCUGGUCCGCUUACUGUUUGAAGACCAGAGGAAACUGCGUACAUAAAAGCUCCACGCCUGCAGAGAGGACCAGAGACAGUAACGCCCUUGCCAACGAAUACCAAUGGUAUCUUUGUCAGCCAAGCUCGUAACAGAGUACACAUUCUCAUGUAUAUGUUUCUGUGUGGGCUCUCAAUUGUCCAGGUGGUUUCCAUAGUAGAGAAGCUUGAAUCUUGGACUGGACUGGGUUGCUAGACGCAAGGAUGUUUCGCUUCAAAUCGCAGAAGCUUCCUCAGCUAAAAUUCUUGCUCUGGU